AUGAAGUUACUACCACGCAACAAGGCCCUUAAUUCCUUCACGGAAGAGGCCGUUUCUCUCCUGCCCGAGGAUCCCGAAGAUAUGUGGCAUGCAUAUAACCUGAUCCUAUCUGGGGACAUCGUCUAUGCUCACGCUGUCCGUAAAGUAACUGCUUUUUCAGACACUGGGAGCUCAAAAUCUGAGCGUGUUCACACAAAUCUGACUAUCAAGGUCAAAUCCACUGCCUUUGAUCCUCAGAUCUCAUCACUUCGCGUCUCUGGAUCCGUCGUGAUAGAGAAUCAACAUGCCCCCUUAGGCUCUCAUCAUACCCUCGAUCUCGAGGUGAACCGCCCAUUUAGUAUCGUCAAGCUAGAUGGAUGGGACUCUGUCGCAAAAGCCACUCUUCAAGAGGCAUUGUCAGAUGACAAGGAUGGCGCCGUAGCAGCCGUUGUCAUGCAAGAAGGGCUUGCCAACAUCUGUCUCAUUACACCGUUCCGAACCGUCCUCAAAGUCCGUGUUGAGAGCGUGAUUCCCAAGAAACGCGAUCUUGCAUCAGACCAAGAUGCAGGUAUGCGCCGCUUCUUUGAGAAGACAUUGUCGACUCUUUUACGAACUAUGGACUUCACACAGUCACGGCCGCUGUUACUGGCCAGCCCGGGCUUUGUGGCUGGAGACUUCAAGCAGUAUAUCGCCAACCAAGGACGAGAUAAAGCAGACAAGGUGCUUACAGCCGUGGCGAAGCAGGCUACGGUGGUUCACUCCAAUUCUGGUCACGUCCACAGUCUCAACGAGAUCCUUAAGAGCCCAGAAGUCUUGGCCAAGAUGAAGGAUAUGAAGUUUGCCCGCGAAACGCAGUAUGUUGAUCAAUUCUUCGACAUGCUAAAGCUGGACGAUGGGCGUGCAUGGUAUGGUACUUCAGCUGUCGAGAAGGCUGCCAAGGAGGGAGCAGUGGGACCAGGUGGCGGUGUCCUCCUGGUCAACAAUUCUCUGUUCCGAAGUGAAGACCUUGCUCUUCGCAAAAAGUACGUCGCUCUAGUUGACAAGGUACGGAGUGAUGGUGGUGAGGCGAGGAUUCUCAGCAGUGAUCAUGAGAGUGGUCAGCGAUUGACUAUGUUGGGCGAUAUCGCUGCCAUACUCAACUAUCCCCUGCUGGACCUUGAUGAUGACGAUGCCGAUGAAGAUAAUGAGGCAAAUAGAGAGCCUACUAUGGAAAAUAGUGUCAUCUAG